GGGAAUCUGGGUCUUGCCUGCCUCCUGUGUUAAUAAUCUCUUUGAGCCAUUCCUUUUCAUCCACUGCACAUUGAGUACUGCAGAAUCUAUCAACAGAUUUAUCAACAUGGUUCAAUGCCACCCGCUCGACUCUCUUUCCUCGGCGGCCGGUGGCAGUCCACAUGAAAAAACGCCUUUAGUCCAUCCACCCAUGAUUUGCAAAGGCGACUGUCAAUGUUUCAAAGAGAAUUAUGAAACAAUUCCGGCGCUCAAUACUUCGAGUAUACAUACUGAUAGAAGGGAAGUCGGUGAUGUUGAUUUAGAAGGCGGUAUAUAUAUUGUCAAGUCGCUGAGCUUCUUGGACCGCUUUUUGGCACUUUGGGUACUGGCAGCUAUGAUUAUAGGCGUUAUUAUAGGGGAAUUUGCCCCCAAUGUUGAGUUGAUCUUGACUGGCGCCAACCUCAAAGGGGUAUCUGUUCCUGUGCUAGUCGGACUGCUCUGCAUGAUGUGGCCGAUCCUAACCAAAGUCCAAUACGAGCGCCUACCAAGUUUGCUUCAAAGUUCUCACAUCUACCGACAAAUUGGGAUGUCACUUUUCCUAAAUUGGAUUGUCGGACCGUUCAUCAUGUUGGGGAUUGCUUGGGCGACGCUCCCAGAUCUUCCAACUUAUCGUGAAGGUAUCAUUCUUGUUGGGCUAGCUCGUUGUAUUGCCAUGGUCAUGAUCUGGAACCGCCUGGCACACGGUAACGAAGACUAUUGUGCUAUCCUAGUCAUCAUUAAUUCCAUCCUUCAAAUCAUUCUUUACUCCCCCAUGUCUGUCUUUUUCAUUAACAUAAUUUCCCGAUCCGAAAAUGCCAUUUCAUUAAGCUACGGAGAGACUGCUAUCGCUGUACUCAUCUAUCUGGGGAUUCCACUGGGUGCAGGGGUCUUAACAAGAUUUGGAGGGUUAUUGGUACUAGGGAAGAAGAGGUUUGACAGUUUCUUGACGUACUUUGGAAUAGUCUCACUCGUCGCUCUUUUAUACACCGUCAUUAUCAUCUUCGCCGAGCAAUCCCACCGUAUCAUUCACAACCUUGGCCCAACAUUUCGCACCUUUGUUCCUAUGAUACUUUAUUUCGCCCUCAUGUGGACAUCAUCUUUCGCUUUAAUCUGGCUGCUGAGCCAAAAGAAGGGAGGUGGGAGAAAAUGGGGAUAUGAAAUGGCUGUCGUUCAAGCUUUCACUGCUGGAUCAAACAAUUUCGAACUUGCGAUCGCUGUGGCUAUUGCCGUCUAUGGUGUCUCGUCGGAUCAAGCUCUCGCGGCGACAAUAGGCCCGCUUGUAGAGGUACCAGUACUAUUAGCGCUAACUUGGGUGGCAUUGCUUGCCAAGAAGAGGCUGAAUUGGGGAGAAAAUGAUGUGACUGGCGAGACAUGCGAGAGGGAAUGUGGAUGUUAGAUGUGGUUUUGUUUGAUGGCUAUUGCCGUUUGCGCCACUACACCGUUGUAUAUCUAUGAGGGAAAAUGCAUCUGUCUAUCUUUAGUUACUAUCGAUGUUAUGAAGCCGCAAUGAUU